AUGGUGCGGAUGGAUAUCCUAAUCCUACCCCUCCUCAUACACUCACUGCCAAACACCCUCACUGACUUUUCAUGACCCUUAUUAAUCUGCUUCCUAACCUGUGUGACUCUAUGGGUUAGAACUUAACCGCAGGCUGAUCCUGCUCUCUGAUCCUUACUUGCACGUUACUUUAGACAAAAGCAUCUGAUACACAAAUGAACCACUGAAUGCAUUUGUUUUUUCUUCUGUCUAAGAUGAAUUACUUGUUGACUGACUCUUCUUACCUCAUUUCAGGUUCUUUCAUCGAGUUCUCAGCUAAAUCUUCCCCAUCUCCAGCUGACAAAGCAGCAUUUGGAGGAAUGUUUGGUGGAAUCAUAUUCAUCUUCAUCUUUUUUGUUAUAUUCCGAAUUGUCGACAUUGUGGUUUGGACAAAAUAUUCUAAAGACGUAGAAAAAAGAGCGAAAAUACUUACCAUAAUGGCAGGAAUAACUGGAGUUACAUUCCUGGUCAUCACGGUUUCAUCCAUAAUUGCUGUCAGUGUUUAUCUGGCGAAAUACUCAGCUCUAGCUUGGAAAGGACAACUCGCAACAUUUUCCACUUUAUUAAUGUUUCCAGUCAUCAUGGUUUUAUUCCCAGUUGGUCUCGGUGUGUUUCGGACAAUACGCUUACGAAGGAUGGGAGAAACAGUACGACUUAGAGAAAUUCUUACAAUCAUGGCCGCUUUCCUGUAUGAUCCAACAAUGUUUAACAUGCUGUUCCUUGCUAUUUAUUCCCAACUCUUUGCCUGGAUGAACGGCACAUUUAAAUUAGAAUAUUCAAUUCCGAUUCCAGUAGCUGCUUUGGGAAUCUGUGCCUGCAUGAUUAUCAAGGAUUAUUUAUUGUAUUAUGAAGAAAAGCCCUUGGAGGGAUUUUACUAUUUUGCUCAGAAAAUCCUUCUGGGGAUUUUCUUCCUGCUUCACCUGAUAUUAAGUUUCCUGUAUCUAAGUGUGAUUAUAGAAAAUGACAAAGGACGACCUGUAAAGAUCUGCGAGUUUGUGUUCAUCUACAUUCUGACUGUCACAUUCCUGUUUCGAUUCUGGAAGCGGGAACAUUUACUUGCCAAACCCCGUAAAUGUGUCUAUUUAUCAGGGACUUUUGCUCUCCCUCUCCUGAAUUGUGUUGCCCUGGCUGUAGCAUUAAAACUCAAAGCAGACACAGGAAAACAGCCACUGGAUCUACGGCUGAUUGUCCUGAAUUCUGGGUCUGUCUUCCUCUUUGGUUGGCUUGUUAUACAGAUGUCUGCAUACUGGUUGGCCAAAAAAGAAAAAAUAAAAGAACAGUUGGGUUUGGUUGAGAGACACCAAGAUCCUGAGCCAGACCAGGGAUCACGUGACAACAAGGAGACUGUUGCUUUAUCCUCCACUGAUGCCAAUGGACCAAACACAGAGGAGGGAUCACAUGAGAAUCAGGAGGUGGAGGCAUCAUCACCUGCUGAUCACAAUGAACCGAACCCAGAGGAGGUAUUACUGGGGGAGAAGAACACAGAAGGCUGAAGGAUCUAUAGAAUUUGAUAUGUUUUGCCUACAGUUCCAAGUUUACCAGGUCUUUUUGGAUUAACAAGUUACUCAUGUUAGCGGUUAACAGAUUAUUGAUGAUCUUUUAUAGUUAAUUAUCUGAAGACUUGAGGGAGUUUACUGGAUAACAGACAAACAUUUCUAGGACCAGCUGCACAUGCAUAUAAGCUGAUGUCCAUCUACAGAGCAGCACCCUGGGAAGGACCAUUAUGCUGUAUCUAUAGUCAGUCACCUGAGGAUAAAGUCACCUGUGAAGAUCAAUACAGGGUCCUUCAUGUCAUCCUGUUUCUUCUGAACUGAACUCUGUAUAUUUUGCAGUUGUUACAUGGAACUUUUCAACAUUUUAUGUCUCUCAGAAUAUGUGCUUAACAUAAAAGCUUGAUUACUUUCAAAGAGAGACUGCUUAGUGAAACAAUGUAUUUGGAAAGUUACAAGUCUUACACAAACUGGUUUCAGGACAUUACAGAAACCUUCCUGUGUAAAUAACUGUACACCAUAUGAUUAUCUGACUUACCUUUGCAGUGUUGAAAUGGAUAGUGUCAUUACCCACAUUCUGUAUAAAUCUUCACUGCUCACAGUCUUCAGCUCCAUCAUGUUUAUUGUGACAUGUUGUGUUUAAGCUCCACUGUCUGUAUCUGUAAUUUCCCCACUGGGCUUUGGAAUCAGCAGCAAGUGCAUUUUUCUUGAAUAAGAGAAAGAAAAAACUUGCCACUAAGGUAGCAGUAAAGUGACUGGAUGUUUAUCACCUGACUUUGCCAUGUGUAACCAUACAAAUGCCAGCCUGAUAUUCCCUGAGAUGUAACGAUUCCCCAAAUCGACAGUUUGCAUCAGACCCAGGGUUGGGAUCAUGUGAUUCUGUGACAGUUUUUUUUUAAUGUACGAUGGUGCCUGUGGUUCACGAAUGCUGUGGCCUAUGAACAGUUCGGUUCGCAACCAAAAAUUCUGCAAAAAGAUAUAUUGGUUCACGUAUAAAAUUUGGUUGAUUCCUCGACCAGACUCCAUUUUUUAUACUAGUGUAUCACUAACGGGGCGCAUGUCCCAGUAUGCCCAAUGUGCAAUUGUAAAUAGCCCUUGUAUUGUUGAUGUUAAUGGUUGCAUCUCUCUGUUGUCGCGUGCGUGUUUGCCCAUGUGUUUGCCCGUGUCUUGUGUGUACCCGGUCCGAUCUUCACGUGUAUUUAGCGUGUGUAAAUCUCCCACCAUGUGCACCUUGCAGUUCGGCGUCUGAAAACCUUGUGUUUCCCAUCUGUGUAUUUCGGUUCGGUGCUGGUUGGGUGCCUGUUGUGGUACUUUUAAGGACUGUUAAUAAAGAGCGAGAUUUCCC